UGAUUGACCGAAAUCGACUUCCUCAAAGGAGAGUGCCACCACAACACAACAUGUGCUUGUGCAAUGUGUGAAAUAAUUGAUUGACAUCUGAACGUAACGGUCAACCAACAUAUGGGUAAAAAUGUCAUCGACAAUAAAGUGUCAUUACGAGGUCCUAAGUGUUCCGCGAGAUGCAAAUAACGACGAUCUGAAGAAGGCGUACAGGAAAUUAGCCUUGAAAUACCAUCCAGACAAGAACCCUGACAACGUGGAGGAAGCUACCAGGGAGUUUCGACUGGUGCAGCAGGCCUACGAGGUUCUCAGUGACCCCCAGGAGCGGGCGUGGUACGACAAGCACAGGGAGGCCAUCCUGAGGGGAGGCUUAGGGCGAGGUGACAAGUACGAGGACAACUCCCUGGAUGUGUUUCAGUACUUCAACUCAGCCUGCUACAAAGGAUUCGGAGAUGAUGCUGAGGGCUUCUAUGCGGUGUACAGCAAGGUGUUCCACACUCUGGCGGAGGAGGAUUACCCCUUCAUGGAGGACAAGGACAGCGACUACGAGAUUCCAGAGUUCGGCAACUCAGAAAGUUCCUAUGAAGAGGUCGUUCAGCCAUUCUAUGAUUACUGGACGUCGUACUGUACGGCCAAGUCCUACGUGUGGGAGGAGAAGUAUGAUACUCGCGAGGCGCCUGACAGGUGGACUCGACGCAAGAUGGAAGGAGAGAAUAAGAAACAGAGGGAUGCUGCCAAGAAGGAAAGGAAUGAAGAAAUCAGGGCUCUUGUGGCAUAUGUUCGGAAGAGAGACAAGCGUGUUCAAGCCCACAGGAAACGGCUGGAGGAGAGGGCGGCAGAAAUAGCUCGGAAAACCAAGGAACAGCAGGAAAAGGAGCUGCUGGAAAGAAAGAAGCGGAUGGAGAACUACAAGGAAACGGGGUGGUCAGCCAUGUCGGCCCUGGAGGACGAUCUCCGUCAGCUGGAGGCCAGCGUAGACGAGCACUUCGGCGGGGAGCGAGACGACGAUGGAGGAGGGGAAGGUGUCCCUGGUGAGGGUGAUGAUGUUCCCAUGGAGGAAGAGGAAGAAGAGGAUUACUAUGACGACCUGUUCUGUAUUGCCUGCAAUAAGGCUUUCAAAAGUGACAAGGCGUAUGCAAAUCAUGAAAAGUCCAAGAAACACAAGGACCUUGUAGCCAUAUUGAAAGCACACAUUGAACAGGAAGAGGAAGUGCUGGGAGAGAUGGCUGAUGGAAUACAACUAGCAGACGACAUUGAUCUGAAUGACAGUAAUGCUCAGGACAGUAAACAGAAACUGUCAAAGAAACAGAAGAAGAAGAGGAAGCAACAAAAACAGCAGCAGGAGGAAGAGGAGGAAGACAUGGGGAAGUUAGAGGGCAGACUUGGAGAUGUGGAUAUCAGCACCGAGGAUACCCCAGACAGCUCCACUGCAUCCCAGAAACACAAGACCAAGGAGAAGCCUAGUGGUGACACACCGGAGGAAUGUACAGCCAGCAGAGUGGAGGGAGAUGUGGGCGGCGCCCCCGGGGGGAAGGAGCCAAGUGAUGUCACGCCAGCCGAGACUAGUCUCACGGACAGUUGUCAUGGAGAUGACAGUGUCACUGAAAACACACCUACAGAAGAGUUACAUCCAGACAGCAGAAAACCCAGCAAUAGUAAACCUAAAGAGGUGUUCAAGUGUAAUGUGUGUGGAGGUCAGUUUGGGACGCGGAACAAAUUAUUUACUCACAUCAAGGAACAAGGUCAUGCGCUCCGAGUUACAGACUCUACAGAAGAACCGAGAGAACGUCCUGGUGGCAAAAAGAAUAAGAAGAAGGGGAAAAGAUGACGAGAGCCAGUUUUGUUUUAGAUAAUUUUAUUGUAUCAUAUCUGUAUAUGACGUCAUUGUUGAAUAAAGAAUAUACCACUGAAAA